AUGCACGUUUACGAACUGGUCUCGUUGACACCGGCGCCGGCAUUGACGCCGGCACCAGCGCCGGAAGUUCCUUCGCGUACCGAGUCGAUCAGUGGCACUCGUAGGGCGAAAAAACGCCGUCAACUGGAGGAUCGAAGAUCGGUGAGCAAAGCGGAGGACCGAUCCUUGGUCCCAUCGACGAUCGAGAGCAGGGACGCGAUCGUCUCCGUCGCGGAGAGUGUCGUGGAGGAGCCUUUGAAGCCGCGAUGGAUCCUCCAACCGAACGAAAUACAGAGGUUCAAGAUCCGCUUCCAGCCGACGGAAAUCGGCGACUAUGACGAAGUGUACGCGAUCACUAUACCUGGCGGACGCAAUGUCACUUAUGAACUGAAGAUCUCCGGUGUCGCGGAUAUACCGACGCUUGACAUGAGUCCGGAGGCGGUUUUUGACAAAGUGGAAGACACCGGUGACGUCCUCAAUCUUCCCGCAUACUUCCCGGACCGCGGCGUUUACGAUUUCGGAUCGAUGCCGAUCCUGCCGACCAUCAAAAGGCCGUACAGUCACGAUGCCGAGCUCAAGUUCCGCAACAUCUCGAGAGUGGAGGCGGAGGUGAGCUUCUCCCUCGCGAAAAACAACGACGAGUGUUUCGCGAUCCAGCCCGAGAAUCUGCUUAUCGAUCCGGGAAAUCAGGGGAUCCUAACUUUGUCAGCCAUUGGCGCGAGACUUGGCAGCAAUUCUGUCAGCCUGCAGCUGUGCAUAAAGAAUAAUCCAAGAGUGGAAGUUUUGCGAUUUUGCAGCGAGGGCGCGAAGCUGAAUAUAGAAUUAGACAGGAAACAGAUAUCAUUCGACAGCACGUUGCUCUAUCGUCGAAGAUUCGAGGAUAUAACGAUUCGGAACAAGAACGGGAUGAAGCUUCGCUGGUGUUUAGAGCCCGAGGAGCCCCUCGAUCCUCAGAUCACGUUCUCGCUUGAUGGAGGGGAUAUCAAACCCUGGGACGAGCAAAAAAUCCAGUUCUGCUACCAUGGGACUACCGUAGGCGUGAUCCAGCCGCAGACAGUGACGUUCAAAGUAUUCUUGUACGACGAUCAAGAUCCAGUUUUCACGGACGUGAUCCGCCUGACUGGACAGACCUACGACGUCGCCGUUGACAUAGAUCACGCGAAUCCGAUACAACUGACGAGAACAAAGGUCAACGUGCCUGCCAUCGGCUUGAUCAGCAUGAGAAAUCGUGGAGAGUACGAAGUGCAGUUCCUCAUCACGCUAGAGGACAAUGAAAAGCUGUCGAAACUGAACUUGCCUGUGAACUUGAAGAAGAGUCUCGAUGUCCAACCUGUAUCCGGUAUUCUUCCACCCAACGUCGAACGAGCAGUAGAAGUCGUCAUUGUGCCAAAGAGUGAACUGAGUCUCCGGGAUGCCCCGAUAUUAAAAUGCCACUUGGUCGACAGUAAUAAGGACACCGUCAUAGUCGCUGAAAUUCCUCUCACCGUCACCCUCGAUGUUUACUACACUAGAUUUCGAGUCGAUCCAUUUCCCGCGAUCGAUUUUGGAACGAUGGCAAUUUGCACCCAGAAAACCAUGUACCUCAACAUAGAAAACACGGGAAAGUUUCCGUUACACUACACCAUACAGCUGCCGCAGAGGCAUUUGUCUAUGCUUUACCAAAGUCAAGUGACGAAAGAGGCUCCGCGCAAAAAAAGAAACCUGACGGCGAGGACCGCUGCGUCGAAGAGAAGCAAGAAAUCCGUGAAGAUCAAACAACCAGAGCCAACGAAGCUGGUAGUGGGACCGAUGACAAUACACAAAACGGAAGGUGACGUUGACGUGAAUCAAACGGACACGAUCGUCGUCACCUGUCGCCCAGAAUUCGUAGGCUCCCAGGACGAACAGAUCGUGAUCCAAGUACAGGACAGCGUACCUGAGGACAGCGACGGGAAAAUCAUUUCCUUGUCCGUUCAAUCGUCCGUGCCGUGCAUCGAUUUCGAAGACGUCGACUCGAUGUUCCAAGAGAAUCAUGUGGUAGAUCGGAUUCAGGACUUCGACUGCCCUAAAGAGAUUGGACCGCACACGGUAUUCACGCGACAAGAAAAGUGCCUUUACUUCCGAUACGUCUGCGUAUCGACCACCCACGCGACCUGCUUCAAACUGUACAAUCGAAACAUAGUUCCAGCGGACGUGCAGGUGUUUUACAGUCAGGAUUCCUUGACGCCGAAGACAGCCGCGCCCGACACCUUCUCCGUGGAGCCAAUGAUUGAACGAAUUCCGCCAGCGAGCUACAAAACGUUCACCGUGACUUUCAUGCCAGCCACGAUAGAGACCUUCCGAGGAUCAUUGGAAAUAUCAGCGCUCCUGCCUUUGCAUCUGGCAGAGGAGAAGAUGUUGAUCAAUUUGGUGGGAGAGACCUGUGUAGCGCAAGUGAAGGUCAUAGAGCCGUCGCACGGAGAACGCGAGGAAGCUACAUUGAACUUCGGUCGCACAUUGGUCAACGAAAGCAAGUAUAAACAUUUCGCGCUGGAAAACGUAGGGUUCGUGAAAGCCAAAGUGAUCGUGGAGGUCGACGAAAAUCUGGGACUCUUCACCUUCGAAGCCAACGUUGACACGCAGCAUUUCCUACAAAUCUGGGGCGAUAACUGCGACGGCCUAUUCAUCGUUGACAAUCCCUACGAGAAUGUGGUAAUCAAUCUGGAGGCGGAAGCGUACGUGGAGCCGAUCAUUCUUGAGGGCCUGGAAUUCGAAGAUGACAAACUCACGCCGAAAAGGGAGUCCCAGGGCUUGAUCGUUAAGGGACGGAGACUCCUCUCGAAACGGAGCACUAAUCUAUCUGAACGCGCGAGUGCAACGUUCGUGACGACGUUAUCCUACGCCCUCAAUUAUGAACAUUGUUUCGUCGGGAAGAUGUAUCGGAGGAUGUUCAAGAUCACCAAUAAAUCCGCUGACAAAUGGUUCCGAUUCCAAUGGAACGCGCAUCCGAAUAUCGUAUUCGUGCCGUCUAUUGGUCAUAUCAAGUGUCGGACGUUUAAAGAAACUAUUGCUGCGUUUCUGGCAACGGAACCUAUUACUCACUCGAAGACUCGAAUCGAGUGCAUCGUAAACGAGAUCAACGGUGCCAAUCUGGAGACCGAUGCAGCCUGGGACGACCGACAGACAGAAGUGCACUGGGAGAGAAUGCAUCCUGACAUCCUGGAGCAACCAAAGACCAAUGAAGCCAUAGCGAAGAAGAUGGUGCGCCCAGUUCUGGAACCUGAAGUAGACAUCGUGCCUGGCACCAGCAAGUGCAUCGAACUGCUGCUUAGUGCAACAGUCGCAUUCUCCCAGUAUUCUUGUCCAGUCAAGAACAUCUGCUUCAAGGACACGCUGAUGUUCCAGACCAGAGUGUACACGUUCGUUCUGUCGAACCCGGGGUCAGUGAACACGCCGUACAUCUGGAAGAUAUCCAUGGACGAGCAAUACCCGAGGAAGUAUAUGGAAGACGGUCCAAACGUGACCGUCAGGCCGAAGACAGCGGAUAAUUCUCGGCCGGUGACGAAUUCGAGGUCGUUCCGUGGCAUGUUCUCCGCAACAAGUGAACGGUUUAGCAGCAAGGGCUCCAUCGGCCACGGGAAUAGCAGAGGCGACGACAGAAAUUUGGUCUCGCGGCGAUGCACCGCCUCUCUAUCCGACACCAUCGAGCUGAAAGUGCCCAGCGAAAGGCCGUCGGACCUUUUCAGCAGCUCGGCUUGUCUCUCGGAACGGACCACCGACAGCUGGUUAGAGGGCGACGAUCUGCCCUUCGCGAUCCACCCCGAAGAAGGAUCCAUUCCGCCCGGAGAGUCCGCAGAGUUCACCCUCAAGUUCUCCCCCAUGGACGUGUUUUAUUACAAGGCUUAUCUUACGUGCAAAAUAGAGAAUCUCGACCCGGAGCUGCCGAUGUUGACGAUUCCGAUCGUGGCGAGAAGUUUAUUGCCGUAUUGUCAUUUCGACGUGGAAGAAAGCGACUACGUAUCCAGCGGCAGACGGGAUCCAAAGCGGCCCGGCCCGCUGGAAUACGGGACAGAAGAUCCCACUUUGUGGCAGAAUAUCAGAGUAAUCGAAUUUAAAGUGGUCGGUGUCGGCGAGGCUCGCGUCAAGAAUUUCCACCUGAUCAAUCCGACGACGGACGACUAUCGUUUCACCUGGACGGACCGAACGCGCCGCAUGGUCGACGAGGUGCCGAAUUUUCAUUGCUCCGUGUCCGAGGGCAUCGCGGAACGCGGCAAACAAACCGAUCUGUCUUUCACGUUCUUGGCAGACGAGGUCGGCGUAUCCGAAUCCUUCUGGCUCUUCUCCAUCGAGAAAUACAAUCUGCAGUGUCUUUUCCUCGUCGUCGGUAUCGUCACCGAGCCCUCGGUGCAUUGCCUUACGGUCCACGUGAAACUGAAGCCAACAAUUCUAGAAUACAACGUGCAAGAGUCCAUCCGGCUCCUAAACGACGAACCCUUCGACAUCUCGUUCCGCAUCCUGGAAAGGUCCCUGUACUCCGAAGGAAAGUUUCAGAAGUUGACGGUAACACCGAUGGAUGGGGUCCUAGCACCGAAGACCGAGCAAUUACUAUGGGUCGAGUACCAUCCGACCCGGGUCGGUGAAUUCCACUUUUCCAUUCAGUGCGCCGUAAAGCUGAUGAAAAGUCCUCUCACAGUUUUCGUGACCGCCACCGUUCACGAGAUCGUUUCCACGGUUUCCUAUUCGGUCGCGGCCGGCGAAAUUGUACGUGCCAGCGAGAACACGGAGAAUGUCAUCGACCUGGGCAAGUUGCUGGUCAACGUGCCAAUCACCGUGAAGUUCGACGUCGGUAAUUCCAGCAAAAUGACGUUUCAUUAUGCCUGGGAUCUCGGCAUGACGCCGGUGAUCUACAGCAGGAACGCCUACAACCUCGCGAUGUCUCAAAUUCAGGGCCAUGUGACCAAAGAAACUCGAUCGGUCUGUGAUUUAACGCUGACACCGUUCCAGCGAACUGCAAUUAAAGAUCAUUGUGUUACCCUGAAGAUCAGCAACGGGGCAACCUAUCGAUUCCUGUUGAAAGCCACUUCGAAGAAAAUUGCUGUCCAAUUCAGCUUCGAUCGCUACGAUUUUGGACCGUGCUACGUGCAAACCACAAACGGAUUGUCUCAUCGCGUGGAACUUCGUGUGAAAAAUUCUGAAAAUUCGAGUAUUAUACUCGAGUGUAAUUUCGAGGAUCGUCCGCAUCUCUCCGUCAACUUAAAUCCGAUUUCCGAAGCGGUGGCUGCUCGGUCAACGAUCAUUCUGCCAGUCACUUUCCGUCCACUGAAGGAGACCAAGUACCGCGAGUGCUUAAUCUUCAAAAUCAACUCGGCGAACGAGAAGAGAAUAGUUAUUACUGGCGAGGGAAUACCUUACAGGGCAAGUAUUCAUCGCGGGCUUCCGACGAUCGCGAGUUGUGAAAACUUCGGUGGGGACGGCGGCGAAACUUGA